CAGAUUGAAAUGGCGGAAUCCAACGGUCUUCCUCUGUACCAAAAAGUGGGAGUAGAAAGGCCUCUGAAACGAUUUCUGGAUGUCGUCAUAUUCUUCCUCCACGUUUCACUGCUCUGUUAUCGCCUGCUCUUAUUCCGCCGCCAUGGAUUCAGCUCCCUCUUCGCCAUUGCCUUUCUCUGCGAGCUUUGGUUCACUUUCUAUUGGGCUCUCAUUACCAAUCUCAAUUGGAGCCCUAUCCAUUACAUAACCUAUCCCCAACGCCUUCUCCAACGAGUAUCUGAGGUUCCUCCUGUGGACGUAUUCGUUACAACGGCGGAUCCGGAGCUGGAGCCGCCGAUAAUUCUGAUAAACACGGUGCUGUCGGUGUUAGCAGUGGAAUAUCCGGCCAAUAAAUUGGCUUGUUACGUCUCCGACGACGGCUGUUCAUCACUCACGUUUUAUUCCCUCUGUGAAGCUCUUAAAUUUGCCCAAAUUUGGGUGCCGUUUUGUAAGAAAUAUAAGGUCCAAAUCAGGGCUCCGUUUAGGUAUUUCUCUGGUGAUUUAGACUCUCAUGGAUCAACGGAGUUUCAGUAUGAGUGGAGGAGGAUGAAGGAUGAGUACGAAGAGCUCCGCCGGAGGAUUGAGGUAGCCGCCGCCGCCAAAAACUCUGCAUUUAGUAACCUUAUCGGCGAGUUCCCGGAUUUCGCUAACUCAAAGCCAAAUAAUCACCCUCCUAUAGUCAAGGUCAUAUGGGAGAAUAAAGAAGGGCUUUGGGAUGGAGUGCCUCAUUUGGUUUAUGUAUCGAGAGAGAAGAAACCCCAAAUUCCGCACCAUUACAAAGCUGGUGCCAUGAAUGUUUUGACAAGAGUGUCUGGGUUAAUGACCAAUGCGCCAUACAUGUUGAAUUUAGACUGUGACAUGUUUGUCAAUAAUCCCGAAGUUAUUUUACAAGCAAUGUGUCUCUUACUCGACCCUAAGAUCGAUAAGAUCGAUAAAGAGUUUGCAUUUGUUCAAUUUCCUCAAUGCUUUUACAAUGGACUCAAAGACGAUCCAGCUGGGAACCAAGCCAUUGUCGUGAUGCAGCUCGCGUUUCGCGGAAUGGCCGGAGUUCAAGGGUCUUUCUAUAUAGGAACAGGAUGUAUUCAUAGACGAAAAGUCAUGUAUGGUCAAUCACCAGAUGAAGCUAAUAUUAAUGAGAAAUAUGAUGAAGUGGAGUUGUAUAAAACAUUUGGAAAUUCAAAAGAAUUCGUAACCUCAGCCACUCGUACCUUAAGAAGCUUUGCAGAUGAUCCGAAUUGCCUAUCCAACUCAAUCGAAGCAACAAAUGAAGUUGCUACUGCUGAUUAUGAACACAAUUCUUGUUGGGGUUUCAAGGUGGGUUGGCAAUAUGGAUCCGUAGUGGAGGACAUGUUGACUGGGAUGGGGAUCCAUAAAAAGGGAUGGAAAUCUGCAUACAUCACACCAAAUCCACCAGCAUUCCUAGGAUGUGCACCCAUGGGCGGCCCAGUUCCAUUAGGCCAUAUGAAGAGAGUAAUGACAGGACUACUUGAAACUUUAAUCAGCAGAGAGUCCCCCAUUGUCACUGCUCUCUGUGAUAAACUCCAAUUUAGACAACGUUUGAUCUAUCUCUGGGGGUAUCUGGUCAGCAUUCGUGCUAUUCCAGAUAUAUGUUACGCUACUCUACCAGCAUUUUGUCUAAUUUCCAACUCCCAUUUCUUGCCCAAGGUACAAGAACCAGUACUGUUCAUACCUCUCCUUCUUUUCGUCAUUAACAAUCUACGGCAGCUGUUAGACUUCUUCGAAACGGGCCAAUCUGUAAGAGCCUGGUGGAAUGGCCAGACAAUGGAGAGGAUACUUGUAAUGAGUUCUUCCUUGCCUGGAAUGGUAACUGUAAUUCUGAAGAUUUUAGGACUAUCAGAGACUGUGUUCGAAAUAACGAAAAAGGAGUCAUCAUCUUCUAGCGAUGACAAAGAGAGUACCGACCGAGAUCUGGGUCGGUUCACGUUUGAUGAGUCCCCAAUAUUUGUGCCAGUCACAACCAUUUUGAUGAUUCAGUUGGCAGCACUUUUGAUCAGCUUCUUGGGAACACAGACAAGCGUUCAAGAGUUUGGGGUGGCGGAGGUGAUGUCCUGUGUUUGGUUGAUUUUGUGCUUCUGGUCGUUCUUGAAGGGGAUGUUUGCAAAGGGAAGCUAUGGCCUCCCAUGGCCAACCUUACUCAAAUCCAGUGCUUUGACAUUCUUGUUUGUGUACUUCUGUCAAGUGAAAUAAAUAAAAUUUGGUCAGUUACUAAAUUUUGUAUUCAAUCAAGGAUAAUUUUAUGCCUUCGAUCACCUUUGUGCAGGGGUUGUCCACUUGUGUCACAGCUACAGCUUCAGUCACUGAAUAAUAUUGUCAUCUGGGAAUCUUCUGCA